CAUGGUAGGGCAGAAAUGCAGAUUGUGCAUUACACUCUACACGGAGACUUUGAACAAGAAGGGAACCCAUAUUUCUUCCUCACCUUUUUCUUCUAUCAUGGAUUUCGUGAUAAUAUCGUAUUUUUUAGCUCUACCUCUGCCUCAAGUCUUUCAAAUAAUAAACAGAUUCUGGAGCAAGAAGAACAUCAAAUGUCUGUUGCACAUCCAUGCCAAGAGAUGAACUUGACGAUUAUCCCAUUCUUCUUAGCGACUCAGUUCGCCAUACCGGAAAUAGAAAAAUGGAAAUACGGGCCGGAAAUAAAUUAUGAUUUAAACAUAUUGACAACCAAAACCAAUGAGGGGGAAAAUGAUCCAGUACAAAUGGAUAUAAAUGGUGGCGUAGGAUGUCGAGUGAAAAACGAGGAUACUCUUCUAUGUCGUAUUUCUAAAAUGAAUUAUCGUAUGAUUGAUAUGACUAACAAUCUCGACGAAACCGGCAUCAUUUUCGUCAAUCAGAAUUUUGAAUUAGGAUACAAUGAAAAUGGCAUGAAUAGAUGGAAUAUGAAAAAUCCGAUCGACAUAGAUAAUUUAAAAUUGAUACAAAAUUUUGCAGCUCAAAUGACCAUAGGUGUUAAUAUUCGUCAAUAUAUGGGGGUUUCAACUUCGUUCGUGAAAAAAGAAAAUUUUACUAUUGGCGAAUGCAAUACUGCUUUUAAUAUUUCUUGGCAAGAAGAUGAUCGUUCUUCCUUGGAAGAAGAACAAAAAGAAUCAUCGUCCGAAGAACAAGAUGAAGUCAAAUUAACGUUGAUCGGCGUGCCCAAAAAAUCUGGAAAUAUCAAUCUGAUUAUAGAAAAAUUCCGAAAUCCAAAAAGAUGCGUUAACGGUAAUUAUUAUUUAUCCUGGUUAACAAGAGGCAACCUGGAAAAAAAAGUGAUAUCCUCGUUCAGUAGGAUAACGGUUAAAGAAAAUGAAUCCUUCGAAAGUUUUACGGUAACAACGAUCAAGGCAAAAUUUCAAAAUUCUGCAAUAAUUCACGAAUUUUCCAAGGUCAAAUUGAAGAGUAUUACCGAAGCAACAGGUCCACUUCCCACGAUACCAAAUUCUGGAACAGAUGCCGAAAACAUGAUAUUUAAUCAUUUAACCGAUUAAAAAUGCAUUCUUUC